AUGGCGGAGACACAGGUGUUGAUGGAAAGGCUGGAAAAAGCUGUAAUUCGACUUGAAUCAUUGUUUUCAGAUUCACACAGAUCCAUUGGAAUGGAGUGUGGAGCUGUAAACGGAGUCAAUGGAGGUGUAGCACCGUACGUAGAAGCCUUUGACAGACUGUUAAAUGGGAGUGUGGCUGAGUUUCUCAGGAAUAGCAAGAUCCUUGAAGGUGAUGUGAAGAUACAUGCAGAAAUGGUACGUGCUGCUUUCCAAGCACAGAGAGCCUUCCUGUUGUUAGUGUCUCAAUAUCAAGAACCUCAAGAGAGUGAGAUGGCCGUGCUGCUAAAACCAAUAUCUGACAAGAUCCAGGAAAUCCAGACCUUCAGAGAGAGAAACCGAGGAAGUAAAAUGUUCAACCACCUCUCAGCUGUCAGCGAAAGCAUUCCUGCACUUGGGUGGAUAACAGUGUCUCCUAAACCAGGCCCUUAUGUCAAGGAGAUGAAUGAUGCUGCUACCUUUUAUACUAACAGGGUGUUAAAGGACUACAAAAACAGUGACUUACGUCAUGUUGAUUGGGUGAAAUCAUACUUGAACAUCUGGACUGAGCUUCAAGCUUACAUCAAAGAGCAUCAUACCACAGGCCUCACCUGGAGUAAAACCGGUCCAACUGCAUCAACAGCAUCUGUGUUGUCCACUCUAACAAGUGGGCAGUGCCUCCCACCACCCCCACCUCCACCGCUGCCCCCAGGACCUCCUCCUUUCUUCGAUACAGACAGUGGAAAGGAUGAAGCAACCACGUCUCGCUCAGCCUUGUUUGCCCAGCUUAACCAGGGAGAGGCAAUUACCAAAGGGCUACGACAUGUCUCAGAUGACCAGAAGACCCAUAAGAAUCCCAAUCUACGUGCUCAGGGUCCGCCAGUUCGUUCUCCUACAAAAAGCCAUACUCCAAGCCCCACUUCUCCCAAAAAUUCUCCUCAGCAGAUCCAUUCUCCUUUGUUAGAACUAGAGGGAAAGAAAUGGAGAGUGGAAUACCAAGAGGAUAAGAACGACCUUGUUAUUACUGAUACUGAACUCAAGCAAGUGGCUUACAUUUUUAAAUGCAACAAAUCUACACUACAAAUGAAAGGAAAAAUAAAUUCCAUUACAAUUGACAACUGCAGAAAGUUUGGCCUUGUGUUUGACAACGUCGUGGGUAUCGUGGAAGUGAUCAAUUCCAGGGAUAUUCAGAUUCAGGUAAUGGGGAAAGUGCCAACCAUUUCAAUUAACAAGACAGAAGGCUGCCACAUAUACCUCAGUGAAGAUUCAUUAGACUGUGAGAUUGUGAGUGCCAAGUCAUCUGAAAUGAACAUUCUCAUCCCCCUAAAUGGAGAUUAUAAAGAAUUUCCUGUUCCUGAACAGUUCAAGACAGCAUGGGAUGGAUCUAAGUUGGUCACUGAACCUGCAGAGAUUGUAGGUUAA